AGAAGAGAGAGAGAGAGGGGGGGGGGGGGGAGUGAGGAGACAGAGGGAUGAGUGCAAGUGACAGAAAAAGAAAGAGAGAGGGAGAUAGAGCAAGUAAGUUAUGAGCGAGUACCAAGAAAGAGACAGAAGGAAAGGAAAUCUUCUAAAAAUGAUGUGUGUCCUCUCUGGGACCCCCUGCUGCCUCUACUGACUAAAACCUGGGGGUAAUAUUGUGGCCAUGGCCUUGAUGGAGCUCGUCUUGUCCUCUUUGGUUCUCGUGGUCCUGUUUCCAGUGGAUGCAGCCCACUCUCAUGCCAACGUCUCUCAAGGACUAUCCUGCGUAAACGACUUGGUCAACAAUGUCAGCUGUACAUGGCACGGCUCUCCACCGGCUGCUGGUGUGGACUGCUGGAUCUCUGGUGAGAAGAUAGUCAGGAUUAGGAGACUCCUCAGCAAACAGAUACAAAGAUGCCACAUGAAACAACAUGGAAACUCUCCUCCAGGCUGCAGUUUUGUCUUUGAAAAUGAAGAAUUUAACUGUUACAAAACCAUGCCUUACAUCCGAAUGGAGUGUGAUGAUGCAUUGGUGGGGAACCUCACAGACUAUGAUCCAUGCAAUCACGUUCAAAUGCAUCCUCUAGGUGUUCUUAAUGUAAGCAGAUCUGCCAAUGAGACCCUGAUAUCAUGGAGCCUCGCCAGUCCUCACUCUAUCUUCUUGACUUUGUUGGACUUUCAAGUUCAAAUCAAACAUAAACACCAGGCAUGGAAGGAGGCCAGGACUCUUUCCACACAAACACAAGAGCUAAGAAUACCUACUGGGCAACUAACGGGGCACUGCCAGGCCAGGGGGAGAGUCAAACCCAUUGACUGGUAUAAAAGCCACUGGAGCAACUGGAGUCCAACGACGUCCUGGCUAGAAGCGACUGACAAGGAGACAACACCACACGAUCAAGAUGGACUUCUGACAUCCCUGGUAACGUGGGGAGUGGUUGGCAGCUUGGUUUUCCUCUUGGUUGCAAUGCUGGUCGUGUACAGGUGUUGCUUGAGAAGGGGGCUCCAGGAAGUGAAAUUGGUGCCAAACCCUUCAAAAUACUUCCACACUCUCUACUCCGUCCACGGAGGAAAUCUGAAGAAAUGGAUGAACCCUCUCUCUGCCUCUGAAUCAUUCUUCACAGCUCAGCCCCGCGAACACAUCUCCCCGGUUGAGUUGUGUGAAAGCUGGGACGUUGUCUCCUCCACCUCUCCCUCAUCCACCUCCACCAGUGCCCUGCUACAUUUUAAAAGCUCAGCAGGCUCAGACACCAGCGGGGUCAGUGAAAAUACCACAUCCGCCUCUUCUUCGUCCUGCUUCUUCAACAUGGGUUACUUCAUCUCGAGCUCCUCCGGGAGCUCAGCUCAGAACGACCCCAGCCCCGCUUACUUCACCUAUCGGGACGAUUUACACAAUCUGCACAACAGCCACGCCCUCCACCUGUCCCUCUGCCCUUCAUUUGACAUCUCUCCAGCUUAUGAGAGCUUGAAGAGGGAGCCGCAGAGCCCGGACUCCGGCUUUUGCAUUGGUAAGGAGGAUGAGGAGGACAUAGAAGAUAACAAAUUUGCAUGUGUGAAAAGGAAGGAGGUGUCUCCUCUUCUUAUGCUCCCUCUCCGUCUGCCCACCCCGAUGUUCCCCCCGUCAUCUCGUCAACCCCCUCCCGACGCUCCGAGUCUGGUUCAGGUGGCUCCUGAUAGCGCACAGGUGGAGGCACCUGGGGAAGCUGCUCCUGGUUGUAGCUACGCAGCCUGGCCUUUGGCGGGUGCCAUGUGCAGGUCAUCGUCCAUGCCGGUGGAAACCUGUAAAACAGGGUACCUGACCCUCAAAGAGCUACAGACAACAUUCAGCAAUAAAUCCAUCUGAAAACUUCAACGUACCUGAACAAAUCCCUCUGCAAUCAUUAAUCAAUUAUACAUUAUAAUCUGAUCAUGUAUGGAAGAAUUUGGGUUACAAUUUAGGGGGUUUUUGUGUUUGUCAAAAAAAUAUUUGAAAAACAGUAUGAGUAUGAAAAAUUAUUUAUUUUUUGCAAAUUCCAAUAUUUUAAGCUUUUAUUCAAAAUGGACAAAUAUUUUGGAAGAGGGAGAAACUGAAAGCCUGCAAUGUAUUAUAUAACAUCAUGACCUAAUUACAUUUUUGUAACAAAUGGGUUCAUAUACAUUAUAUAUCAUAUAUAUAUAUAAGAUAUAAAAAGUUGACUAUAUACAGAACUAACAUAUACAGAACCGUUUUGAGCUGUGUUACUUAACACUUUAAGAAAAUCAAAUUGACUCUUUAAGCAGAGAAAAACACAUGUUGAGUUUGUUUUGAUAAUGAAAAAGAGCAUCAUUGCUGGAGAGUUAAAGUAUAAGAGUCUGUAAAUAUCUAAACAAAAACAAAAACCUGGCAUUUUUUAGUAUGUAACAAGUUUUUUUCUACAGCAACAUUUGAGUAUUUAAGUCUAUGGCUAUCAAAUAAAAGGCAGCUCUUCAACCACUGA